AUGUCAAAAUCAAGAUUAGCCCCACUUCGAGCGGCAGCUACAAUUCCUCGAAUUGAACUUUUAGCACUGGCCAUAGGAGCGAAACUUACCAACUUCUUGAAGACUCAGAUUGAUACACCAAUGCAGAAGUGCUACAUAUGGUCGGGCAGCAAAGUCACCCUGCAGUGGUCGAAAUGCGAGAAAUCACUUCCAGUAGUCAUCAACAACCGAGUGAACAUUAUACGAACAAACGCUCCAUGGGCAAUGUUACGCUACGUCCCCAGUAACCUGAACGCAGCAGACAUAGGAAGCAGAGGAAUGGCAGAAGAAGACUUUCUCCAUUCCGAGUUAUGGUUCCAUGGACCAAAAUUUCUUCUCGAUCAAGAAGAAACGUUGCCAGAAGAUAUAACUCAUCCCGCUUCUCUCCAUGGAGAAGUUGUUGACUGCUUCCUUACGUCUGACACCGACUCCGCACAUAUUCCACUGUUCGAUGAAUUAAGAUUCAGCUCAUGGUUACGACUUCUCAACACUGUGAUAAUCAUCUUGCUCUUCGUCGUCAAGAAAUCCUCGAAGGCAAAACACCGUUUCUCUGACAAGAGGAACCAACUACUUUCUAUUGCAGAAAUAAUCAUCUGUCGACAAGCACAAUUAAGAUAUCCACCGAGUGAAACGAUCAAGAAACAACUGAACUUACAUCUUUAUACACCAUAG